GCCGACUCACUUCAUCAUUACAAUGCUCGCCGUCAAAGACGUUGUGCUUCUUGUUAAAAGAUGGUACAAUGCUCAACUCGUUGCGGACGUGGACUAAAGGAGCUACUCCACUCAUCAGAGGACUUUAAAGCUUAAACACAUGAUGCCAUAUUAUACAAGGUUCUUGUUUGUACUCUUCUGCUUGAUCCUUGUCGGAGAGUGCCGAAAACACAAAAGUAGGAAAAGGCGGUGGUCUGGAACAGUGGAAUCUCAAAAACAUGGCACUCCCCUCAAAAAGUUGGUAGAUGGAACUAAAACUCGCAAGGUGAAGACAGACCACCUGCUGCGCGUGGAUGAUCAUGAUUUCACUAUGAGACCAGCAUUUGCAGGCCCAGCUGUUCCUGUAGGUGUUGAUGUGCAGGUGGAGAGUUUGGACAGCAUAUCAGAGGUUGACAUGGACUUCACCAUGACCCUGUAUCUGAGACACUACUGGAAGGAUGAGCGCCUGUCAUUCCCCAGCUCCACCAAUAAGAGCAUGACAUUCGACGGUCGCCUGGUGAAAAAGAUCUGGGUGCCUGAUGUGUUCUUCGUCCACUCCAAGAGGUCUUUCAUCCAUGACACCACCACGGAGAACAUCAUGCUAAGGGUCUUCCCAGACGGACAUGUUCUCUACAGCCUGAGGGUCACAGUGACUGCAGCCUGUAACAUGGACUUCAGUCGUUUUCCACUGGACUCCCAAACCUGUACUUUGGAGCUGGAAAGCUACGCUUACACGGAUGAGGACCUCAUGCUGUACUGGAAAAGCGGGGAUGAGUCCCUAAGCACGGACGACAGAAUUUCCCUCUCCCAGUUCCUCAUCCAGAAGUUUCACACUUCCUCUAGACUGGCUUUCUACAGCAGCACAGGCUGGUACAACCGUCUGUACAUCAACUUCACCCUGCGGCGCCACAUCUUCUUUUUCCUGCUCCAGACCUACUUCCCUGCCACCCUGAUGGUCAUGCUGUCCUGGGUGUCCUUCUGGAUCGACCGACGGGCCGUACCUGCCAGAGUCUCAUUAGGUAUCACCACGGUGCUCACUAUGUCCACCAUCAUCACUGGAGUGAACGCGUCCAUGCCCAGAGUCUCCUACAUCAAAGCUGUGGACAUUUACCUCUGGGUCAGUUUUGUGUUUGUGUUCCUGUCGGUGUUGGAAUACGCUGCCGUGAAUUACCUGACGACGGUGAGAGACGGGAAAGAUCGGAAGCUCAGGGAGAAGGCAAGAGAGCAAGCCCUGCCAUGUACCUGUGGCAUGUCCCACACCAGGACCAUGAUGCUGGAUGGGACCUACAGCGAGGCCGACACCAACAGCCUGGCAGGCUACACCAGGGCUCCCAUGGUGCCCGAGGACCCUCCCGAGAAGCAGGAGCGCAUGGUAGUCCACCUGUCCCUGGACAGCGAGUCCACAGGAACUAAGAAGAAGAGAAGAGGCUUCCGGAUCAUCCAGAACACCCAUGCCAUAGACACGUACUCCCGCAUGAUCUUCCCUGGCGCCUACAUCAUCUUUAACUUAAUCUACUGGUCUGUGUACUGCUGAGACCCCGUCUCAUCCAGAUAAACUACUGUUGUUUGUUUGUUUGUUUUUAUGAACCCUGAGCUGAGCAGUCAUGGCUCUUGUACAGUGACAGGAGGGGUUUUGAACACCAGCUUUCUGUACGGCAUAUUUUCAUACCAUGUGUCCCCCCUGUACCAUAUUACAUGCAGGUCCAUGCAACAGACUCUUUUAAUAUCAUCGUAAUUUUAUCUUCUAUAUUUUAACAUAGUGAUACUGUCAAACCAGAAAGUAUGUGUCUACAUUGCAGACACUUUGUUGGAGUGGACUAUUUUGGAGUAAUUAAAGGCAUCCUUUAACAUGAGAAUCAGAUGAUUGCUAAAUUGGGCUAUUGUGUUUUGACCAUGUGGAUUGGAAGGAGAGUGUAAAUUGUCAUGGAAUACAAGGGUAGUUUGCUGUAAUGUAUUGAACAGUGUUUCCAUUUGUUAUAAUCUAUCUGCUCUAGCAACCCACUCACAAAUGUGAAAUUACAUUAUGCACUGUUUUUGUUUGUUAGUUUUUAUCUAAUUCUAUUUAUUACUUUUUAGUGCACUGAUAGAUAUGCCAUUUUACCUUAAAUUGGAAAGAUAAGGAGACCUGAUGGGACAUGUUUACUGUGAUGGUUACUUGUCUGAAAAGAUGUGACAAUCUAUUGGUACCAUCAUCAUGGCGGCAUUACCAAUGUGAAGUUUAUUGUGAUCUGUUGUUUUUUGGGACAGUGUUGCUGAGAAAGGGUUUUAAAGUCAUAAUAAAGCUUUAUCAGUAAGAUAAAGAUACAGCCUUAAAGUCAACUGUGGUUUUAUACAGCCUAUGAGGUUGUAUAUUUUUAGUUGUUGAUUUCUUGGAUUAUCUGACUGCUUAUUCUUCUGUAGUAUUUCUCUAUACAUCGAUCCAUUCAUACCGUAUUAGUGCAAAUGAUAAAUAAUGUUGUAGUUAGCCUCAAGCAUGUGCUGGAUUGAGCAGGUGAUCUCACUCUUUAGAAUGUGCAACGUUACUUUGUCACUGUUGCUGUGGUCUGCUCAUGUAAGCGUGUGGAAAUCAACUCAGCCAAACCACCUCAA